GCCACGGAUCCAUGGCUGGCCCAGGGACCGGUCGUUAACUAAAACACCGCAAGACGGCGCCUGUCGAAUCAGAGCAUGUCUUCGAAUCGAUGCUGGGCGGGGAUCGAAGGAUCAUCACGAAUGAAAGUAUUCCGAUAACGCAAUCGCGGGCAUCCACUUCCGCUCUCCAUCACCAACUGUUUUUUAAUUUUCACCCCCCGAUAUUCUGCCCUAGUGUCACCUGCGCACUUUGCGCUUCCCAUCCAUUCGGCACGAAGCCGAGCGACUUGGCACUCGUGGGGUCGAAAUUCUGUGUUGCUGCUGCUCGAUUGCGCCAUCGCCCCCUUACCUGAUACGGAGCGGCGGAGGCGUCACCGGUCAAGUCACUGCUUUAUAACUAUGGGCUUGCUCCCCCCUCACUCCCAUCAUGGUUUGUUUGCGCAUGCCUCUGGUUAUCACAUCCGCCCCCGAUCGCUAAUUUCGGGCACCUCACCAUGGGCCUGUCCACGAUCCUUCGUCGGAAACGCGAUGCAGCGUUGCCCGAUGCCGGCGAUGUGUCGCCCGUGACCACCUCAACCGGCUACCGGGAGGAGAAGACGCCCCCUUCCGUAUCCAAGACGACAUCCGUGACAGAACAGCCCGCGGAGGAUUUGGAGAGGAGCCAGAAGACCGAAGAACCGGACGUCAUCGAAACAGCAGCAGAAGAAGACCCCGAGAUCGCCGCGCUGCCCAUUGAGGUGCGCCAGUUGGUCAGUCUGACCGACGACCCCACCAUGUUCACCAUCACCUUCCGGUAUUUCGUCCUCUGUAUCAUCUUCGUCGUGCCCGGUGCCUUCUUGUCCAUGAUGAGUCACUUCCGUACCACCGAGGCUCCAUACUCCGUCUUCUUCGUGCAGAUUGCGUGCCACUACGCCGGUCACUUCCUCGCGCGAGUCCUUCCCGCCUGGGUGAUUCGUGUCCCUUUCACGAGUUGGUCCUUUAGCCUUAACCCAGGACCGUGGAGUAUCAAAGAACAUGUUCUGGUCACUUUGACAGCGGCAUCCGGAGCGACCUACAAUCUGGGCUAUACUCCGAUCGCCAUGGCGGAGCUCUACUACGGCGAGAGGGUCAACGCUGCCGUGGCCAUCUUCUUCAUGUUUGCAAUCGUCUGGAUUGGAUACGCGUUUGCAGCGUUGGCUCGCCAACUCCUCCUGUAUGACCCCAACUUCAUUUGGCCCCAGGCCCUGAUGCAGACUACCCUGUUCGAGACCUUCCGGAAACAGGACAGGUCGUCACCUCUGGCACGCCGGCAGAUGAAGCUCUUCUUUCUCUGCUUUCUAGGCAUGACACUGUGGCAGUUCUUACCCGAAUAUGUCUUCCCCUUCACCUCUUCCUUGGCGUUUCUGUGCUGGGUCGCGCCACGCAACCCCGUGGCCAACUUCAUUGGAUCCGGACUGGGUGGCAUGGGACUGUUGAACUUGUCGCUUGACUGGUCGAACAUCAACUGGAACGGCUCUUCCAUCCUCCUGACUCCAUGGUGGACGCAGGUGGUCUUGUUCCUGGCCUUCGCCUUCAACUGUUGGGUGCUUCUUCCCGCCGCGAAGUGGGGGAAUCUGGGGUCGUAUAAGCACGGCCUGAUGUCGAAUUCCCUAUUGACGAUAAAUGGGACAACAUAUCCCACUCUCGAUGUUGUCACAUCCGACUAUCAGCUGAAUGAAACCGCUUACGCCGAGUACGGUGACAUGUACAUGGGUCUGCAGAACCUCUGGGCGACCUUCUUCGACUACGCCAAAGUGACCGCCGCAAUUACGUGGAUCUUGACAUUCGGCUUCGUGCAGAUCAAAACCAACUUGAUGAAGGUUAUCCGCUCCCGGGGAAAGAACUCGCAGGCCAAAGGAGAAAGCAUCAACCAUCAAUACCACGAUCGUCUUAACGUUAUUCAACGGCAGUACAAGGAAAUCCCGCUUUGGUGGUACGUGGCUCUCUUCAUGGCUGGGUUCCUGGUCCUGAUCGUGACGAUUGCCUGUGGCUUCCUGUGGAUCCCAAUUUGGACGUUGUUCGUCGCGCUGGCGAGUGCCGCCGUCCUGGUCGUCCCGUUUGGAUUUUUGUACGCCAUCUCCAACUAUCAGCUAGCGGUUGGAUCCUUCAACGAGCUGGUGUACGGCUACAUGGUCGAAACCCCCGCCGGUAAAAGCCACCGGCAUCCGUGUGGACCAUCUACCUACGGGUCUAUUGCCGGCGAUGCCUGGUAUCGGGCUCAGUACAUGUUGCAGGACCAGAAGAUCGGCCACUACAUGCAUAUCCCGCCGCGCACGGUCUUCUUCUCCCAGGUGUUUGGCACCAUUCUUGGCAUUCCGGUGAACUACGCUGUGAUCCGGUGGGUGUUGAAUACGAAAGGAGACUACUUGUCCGGGAAGAAGACGGAUCCGCUGAACCAGUGGUCUGGACAGUCAUUAAAGUCCUCGAACACGCUUGGUGUGCAGUACGCGGUUCUCGGACCGAGUCGUCUCUUCAAGGAGGCGGAGAUGCGGCCUCUUCCGUACGCAUUCCUGGUGGGCGCGGUCCUCCCUCCGAUCUUGUACAUUAUGCACCGCACCCUGCCGCGCUGGCUGCGCAUCGAUCUGUGGAACGUCAGUAUCUUCUUCUCCGGCCUAUCGGUCUUCUACGGCAACAUCAGCACGGGUUACACGUCGGCGUUUAUCGGCGGGUAUGUGGUCAUGUACUGGGCCUACCGAUACCGGUUCGAGGUGUGGAAGCGGUACAGCUACAUGGUGGCGGCGGCCUUUGAUGCGGGAUUCAACCUGAACAUGCUGCUGAUUUUUCUGUUCUUUGGAUCGGGAAAGCAGAUCUCGAUGCCGUCCUGGUGGGGGAACAAUGCGGAUUCGGUGGAACGAUGCUUUGCCUUGGACUGAUGGAUGCCAGGCCGGGCGGUCAUAGGCCGAUCUCUGCGUUCAGGCCGUGCCCUGCGCAGGUGGCUGUUUUCUGUAUUUAAUAAUUGCGUGGACCCGGGUCGAGGGUCAUUUUGUACCAUUUCCUCGACCCCAUGAUGACGAAUUGUAGUAAUGAUAUCCCUUCUCAGACCUGGUUAUGCUCUGGAUGAACUGUAACUUGCCUCCCUCGGGAACCGUGGCUGAAUGGCGUGUGCUUGGUAUACCGGGGCUCCGAGCUCGUUGGAUGCCCAGAGCACGGGGUCCGAGGGUAUCCCAUCCCCACGGGGCAUUGGAGGAAGGAGGUGUACUUCCGGGAAAUUCGAUUCGCCCGCGCGAGAGGGUGCCUUCAAAAUGUGGUCAAUGAUGCCGUGGCUGAAACUCUGCCGGGGCUGAGCCCCCCGCCGACAAUCGCCCGCCGAC